CAAUCAACAGAUUCAGUGAAGAGAGGAGAAGAAGAUAGAGAGAAAAAAACACGACAUACACAAAACAAAAAGUUUGUGGGCUUAGAGUGUAUGUUUUUUUCCUAAUUUAUGCAUGUAAGUGCGGCCGAUGACACGUAAAAUAGAUGUCAGAGAAUUAAAAAUGAAAUUUUUCUAAAAAAAUUUCGCCGCCAGUUUGUUUUGGUGUGUGUCGUGUAGAGAUUAGUGUUUUCAAUCGAAUAACAUAUUUUUUGUUGUUGUUUUUUGAGAAUUGUGUUGUGCACUACAUCUGUUUGCUUGCACAACUUUUUCGUCGGCGCGAAUCAAAUGACAUCAGUGAAUAUAUAUAUUAAAUAAUGCCCACGUAGGAAUUGAUUUUAUGGAACAAUUUUAUUUUUUUUAUUCACCACAAAUUCAUAUUUAGCACAAAAACUAUUGUUCAAUUUAACCAUUUUCCCAUACUCGGGCGUUUUCUAUCUAGUUGUUUUUUUAAAAAUAAAAACCACCGACUGAAGCAAAAACAAACACGAACAAACAUCCAUGAAAUUAUUUAUUAAACAUAAUGUGAAUAGGCGAAAGAAAAACAUUUUGAUUAUACUCACUUGCGUAGCAAAUUGCGAUAAAGAAAAGUCAAUAAAUCAUAGAGGCGAAAAAGACGAAAAAUAAACAAAUUCACCGAAGUAAUAAAUCGAGAAUUAUAGUGUUAGAUAGAAAUAAGUAAAAAUAAUAUAAUGUCAAUGGAUACAUCAAGCGAACGAAAUAACGUUGAUUGGUCCAGAUAUGGUUUAGGUAAUGAAGAAUCAUAUAAUUACUCGAAUCGGGUGCGACCGAGGGGUAAUUCGACUGGUUUCGUUGAUCUCGGCAAUGAAUAUCAAUACGCUUCGGGUGGGCAUCAGGCAUCGGGUGCGAAUGAGAUUUUUGCGGAAGUGCAAGGUGACAAACCAUGGUGGCGCACCAAUUUUUUUAUAUCACAACCAGUGUUAUUUGGCACCUGGGACGGUGUAUUCACUUCCGUUGUAAUCAAUAUUUUUGGUGUCAUCGUAUUUUUGCGAUCCGGUUUCAUUGUGGCGCAAGCGGGUAUUUUGAAUGGCAUUUUGAUCAUAAUUGCCACCGUCAGUUUGGCUCUAAUCAGUGUCUUAGCGGCUGUCGGUAUUUGUGAACGAUGUCGCGUCGAGAGUGGCGGCGUUUACUUUUUAAUUGCGCACACACUUGGCUCCCGGUUCGGUGGUUCACUUGGUUUGCUCUAUUGUUUCGGUCAGGCUGUUGGAUGUGCAUUGAAUGUGCUAGGUUUUGGUGAAUCGAUGGCCGGUCUUCUUGGUUUCGAAAGUAAUUAUAAAUGGGCAAUUCGUGGAUUUGCUGCAGGCGCCGUGCUGCUGCUUGGUGUUAUCAAUGUGGCUGGCGUCAAAUGGGUUAUCAAACUGCAAUUUAUACUUCUGUUAGUUGUAUUGUGUGCCGGUCUUAAUUUCAUGGUGGGCAGUUUUGUUAACGAAGACAUUACUAAUGGCUUUACUGGUUGGAGUGUGGAGAAUUUUCUAAAUAAUUUAUGGUGGUCGGAUGAAAAAGAUAGCCCUAGUCUCCCUCCUACCAUACACUACACUUGGUUUCAAGUGUUUGGUAUAUUCUUUCCGACAAUCACAGGUGUCUUAUCCGGUAUCAAUAUGAGUGGUGAUCUUCGUGCACCAUCUACUGACAUUCCAAAUGGAACUUUGGCCGCAUUUGGCACAUCAACAUUUUUAUAUCUGGUAUUUGUAUUGUUUCUGGGCGCCACAUGUGUUCGAGCCAAUUUAAGUACAGAUUUUAUGAUUGCAAAAAAGGUUUCAGCCAUUCCAUUUUUAUUUUUGGCCGGAGUGUAUGUAUCAAGCAUAUCAAGUUGUUUGGGUGCAAUGUAUGGAACGCCAAGAGUUCUACAAAAUAUCGCAUUGGAAAAUGUGAUUCCAGCCAUUGGAGUUUUGGGCAAAGGUCGUGGUCCGAACAAAGUACCUCUCUAUGCAAUGGGUGUGGUAGCGACUGUGACAAUUGCCUUUAUUAUGGUGGGUGAUAUAAAUUAUUUGGCACCCAUCGUUACAAUGCCCUUCUUGUUGACAUAUGCAUGUAUUGAUUAUUGCUAUUUUGCGCUCGCACAAACCUUUGAUAUUCAAACAAAACGUGAGGAACGAUUCCGAAUUCAAGCCCAAAGUCCGUCAUACGAAAGUCGAAGAUAUGGUUCUGUUGUGAAUGAAAAUGAUAAUGAUCUAGAUCAUUUGUUUCCCGAACGUACACGACAUAAGCUUGGAAAUACAUCAAAUCACAAAGUGCCUUCAGAAAAUCAAAAUCUUCCAAGCAAUUCCGAGUCGACAAAUGAUAUUCAAAACAGCGAUGAACAACAAACUUUCAAUGAUAAUGAUCGCGUUACAUUUCGUGGUGGUAAUCAAGACUCCGUCAAUACAACAAAUGCGCAAAUUAAUGUUAACAAUGAAGAUGAUGAGCCGAUCGCUCAGCCAAUUAUUCCGAUUCACUCGAAAACGAAAAAUUGGUACAGUAAUUAUUGUAAUCGUUGGGUAUCGUUGUUUGGCGCUAUUUUAAAAAUUGUUAUUAUGAUGUUUGUUGAUGUGUACUAUGGAGUCACCUGCAUCUUUUUGGUAUUUCUUACAUGGUUCUAUGUCGGCACGGCGAAUCCAGCCGUUAAACCAGGAAUCGCAUCAGAAUUUCGCCUAAUUGUUUGGCUGAAAAGUGUUGUUAUCCGAUGUUUUGGAAAACGAACCAACGAAUACGAACAAAUUGUGGUGACUCCAUCGUGCCCAGGAGUCGACUUACGUUCCGAUCAAUUGAACGAAGAGAAUGAAGAUUUUUCGUCGAGACGACGUUACCAUCAAACCAGCAUCAUUCAAGGCCACUAUGUGGACGAUGUUUGAUAUAUUACUAUGAUGACAUUAUCACUUUGUAUAUUGUGCUAGAAUCUUAAUUAUUUUUCGCAAAACUAAAAACAUUGUGUACAUUUUUUUUACAUAUAAAUCUAUUGUAUUGUUAGGGAAACUUUGGAAGCCAAGCUUAAUAUCAACAAAAAAGUAAUUUAAACACAAA